AUGUCGAAUAUCACCUGCAGAUCUUCCAAUUGCUUGAUGCCUAAUCCAUUUCCGCUGCUGCUCCUGCUCCUGCUGAUUUGUAUGCUUUCCUCGCCUCUGCAUUUCGCGCAGUCCCUCCCCAACAAACCCCAAUUCGGCUCCAACGUCGUUCUAAUCGGCGAUGCCAAGUUCACCGCCGACAACUCCUGCGUGCAGCUCACCCACCCCGAAAUCUCCUCCCCUAGCUCUGGAUUUCUCCUCCAAAAGAAGCCGAUAAAGCUCUUCACCUUACACUCCAAGUCGAGGAGGCCGAUUUCAUUCUCCACGGAUUUCACUUUCUCCAUCUCCCCUCACGACGGCGACGGUCUGGCUUUCCUCCUCGUGCCGAGAAGCUUUCCGUCGAGGUUUUCCGGGGAGAGUUUCGGGGUUCUGCGAGAGAAUCGGUUCCUCGGGGUGGAGUUCGACACAUUGGUCGACGAUAAUUUGGGGGAUACGAACGCAAACCACGUCGGUGUGGAUGUGAGUAGUCUAGUCUCUGCAGAAACGGGCAAUGUGUCAUCCUUGAAUUUAGUUUUGAAUAGCGGAGUGAAAUUGCAUGCCUGGAUCGACUACGAUUCAAGCUCCAAAAGGAUUGAGAUUAGGUUGAGUAAAUACGGCAGUUCCAGGCCUUACAGUCCUCUGUUGGCUCACCGUGUCGAUUUGGGCGAAAUGUGGAAGAAUGAAGAGGUCCUAGUCGGAUUGGGUUCGACCAGUGGGAACUCAAUGCAGAUUAGCAAUGUGUAUUCCUGGAAAUUCAGGACUAGGAUCGUGCCCGAAUGGCUCCACUCCCGGCCAUUGGAUCCACAAACAUUUUCGCAUAGCGAAGAAAAACUUGCCCACAAGAAGAAGACCUGUGCUCUGGGGGUCCUUUGGGGGCUGGUUUUCAUGACAGGAUGCGGCGCGUUGUUGGCAUUGAUUGUGCUGUUUUUGUGGGCAUUGUUUGAGAAUAGCUCGGAGACUGUGCUGACAAUCCCUUCAAAUUUCAAGGCUCGCCCCCAGGAGUUCAGGUAUGAAAAGAUCAAUGUAGUCGUAGGAGAUAACUUAACUGAUGGUAAGAAUUAG